AUGUCACCCUUUGAAAAUAAAAAUCGACCUAUCUGCUUCCUCUGGCUAGGGAUAUAUAGUAAUGCUUCGAAUUCAAACACUAUGAACCUUAUAAACAUGGUUGCUUCAAGACCGAAGAAGAAGCGCAAAGGUUCAGAGUUAUGUCAAAGCAACAGUAUUUAUGAACAAGAAUGGGCCCUUACGAGAAAUAAGCUAUGUGAGAAGGUCGAUCCAAGUGAUGAGGCGAUAUCUCCUUCAAAGAGGAGGCUUGUUUUAUCCACACAUCUUAUGCAACAACUUCUCCAACCAGCACCAGCGUUUGUUUUCUCCGGCAACAAAGCAGCUUUCAACUACGAGACGGUGCUUCACUUUGUUUCAAGAUUCUCCCUCGCUAAUGCAUGUUCUCUUGAUCAAUCCCAUUCUGAUUUGAAUAAGAGCCGCACAAAUUGUCAAACUUGGAAGAUCACAGCUAGUGAUCAAGAUCAACGAUGUUCUUCACUCGUCAAAUAUUUCAUGGAGAAAAUGCAGAAACUUGAAAGUGACUUCCAAAGCUUGGAUUGUUCAACCACAUCGAUAUUAGGCAUCACAUUAGAAAUCCAAGACCUCGAAAGAUUCUCUGUGAUAAACCGUCUGGCCAAGUUUCAUUGCCGCACAAAGACAAUGAAAAGAUCAGCUCCCCAGAGAUACGUUGUUGAAAUACAAAUGCCAAUGAACCUACCCGAGCCCCUACACUGUCUUCCUCUUUUACAAUCCUUUCCAAAUCCCCAACAACACCAAGAACAAAGAAACCCUAAAGAAAAAAAACUUAGAAUGGAGGGAGAGAUUUGCUUGGACUGCAAGAGACCAACCGUGACGGUGACUGACCAAAGUAGCGGCGACACAAUCUGCACAGAGUGUGGACUCGUCAUGGAAGCUUUCCUCAUCGAAGUCCGAGAGGAAUACAGAACUUUCGCCAACGACGACGGCGGUGACCGAGACCCGCAUCGCGUCGGUGCUCCGACCAAUCCUCUUCUCAAAUCCGGCGGUCUCAGCACCAUCAUCGAUAAACGCACGGAAAAAACUUCUUCCGUCUCCAAGGCCGACUUAUCCGAUCUGUUUCGAACGCAGAACCUCGUCAAGAACUCGGAGGAAGAUCUGAUCGUGAAAGCCUGCAAGGAAAUCAAGAGAAUGACGGAUGAUCUUGGCCUAAUAAGCGGCGUCGAGUUCAGGGCUUGCGAGAUCAUCUCGAAAUUCGAUGAAAGCAACACCAAGAGACUACGCAGAGGGAAGCAGUUGAUCGCUCUCUGCGCAGCCUCUGUUUCAACGGCUUGCCGUGAACUGAAGCUCUCGAGGACGUUGAAAGAGAUUGCCACGGUGGCAGAAGGUGUGGAACUGAAGGAUAUAAACAAAGCGAGUAUGGCCAUAAAGCGUCUUCUCGGGUCGGAUCAAGCCGAGGCUGCUUCUGAGGCUCCUCAGGUGAUUAUAAACACAGGUGAACUUGUUCGCCGGUUCUGUUCCAAACUCCGUAUAGGAAUAAAAGAGACGAAGGCGAUCCGAGAAGCGGUUGAAAAAGCUGAGAGUUUCGAUAUCCGGAGAACCCCUAAGUCGAUUCUUGCUGCUGUUAUCUUCAUGAUCAAUCAGCUAUCUCCAGCGAAAAAGAGUCCUAUUCGAGAUAUUGCUUUGGUUGCGGAAGUAGUGGAGAAUACCAUCAAGAACACCGUCAAGGAUAUGUACCCUUACGCCUUGAAGAUUAUACCCCAAUGGUAUGCUUCUGAGGAAGACAUUAUCAAGACCCUAGGAGGUAUCCUAGGUUCUUGGGAUUCUGCAAAAUCCAGGCAAGCCUUUCUUUGA